AUGGAUGCUGAACAUGUUGGCGGAGAGAAGCAGAUCCUAAGAUCUGUGUCCCUCGAUAGUCUGAGGCCGUCGCGACAGAGGGCGACACUACGGUUUAGAGAUGACACGGGGGCCGUCAAUUUCCAGAAACUGCGACGUGUGCCUGUGGAUGUGCCAAGGGACAGGAGGGAUGAUACUCUAUUAAGGGAUCUAGACAGUAUGCUGCGAACAAAACUGAAUAUUGGAGAUCCCGCGCUGGAGCAAAUAGAUAUGGAUGGAUCUCAUGGGCAUCAAUACCAUCCCAGUCCAGUAUUGGAACCGAACUUUAACUUUGCAAUGUCCGUGAAGGGUAAUUCAAGAAACUCGAACCCGUUGACCAUUAAAAGCGACACGGACUUACUUGCUGAGAAUCUGAAGAAUGCGACCGAUGGGGAGGCAGACGAUGAUGCGGAACCCUAUUGCGAUGAUGAUGAGGAAGAUUUUGCCAACGUGGAUGAAAUCGAUGGACCCAUUAUUGGACGGAUAUCACCAUCCACCACACCAAGCAAGACUUCUCCUGUUGAGAAUUCCGCGCGCCCGAAUGCAAGAGAAGCGGACUUUAAUCUACCCGUUAGUGAAACGUUUCAAAAGAACUUGGAUAGGCGAUGCUUUGAAUUGAACACUUCUCAUACUGAGCUGACAAAUGACUCGAUGCCGGACGUUGGAUGGAAAUUAGAUGAUUUUUACGGUUUGGAAAGCGAAUUACAGGAUUGGUUUACCUCGACAGACCACACCUACCUUGCUCAGUUGAGGUCACAUUUUGUGGAUAAGAUAAAGGACCCAGAUAUGUUUCUCUGUGACGAGAAAUAUGCGAGAGCGGAAAUAUCAACUAUGGUUGCAAACCUUGAAAAUAAUAUGGACUCAAACUUGAUGGCAUUGACUUAUACAUCGCUUGGGUGCAUUGUGUAUGCCGAUGAUAUGAUUGAGCAUAUUUUCAUUAUAAAGCGCAAUAAUAUUCUGUUAGUACAGGUACUUCCCCAGCUUAUAGGAGUUUUCAAGAAAAUAUCUGCUGCUUGUCGAGACGAUAAAUCGAAUCUGAGACGGAAAACAACUUUACUGUUUUAUGUAGCUACAACACUAUUUUUCAUUAUUAGUGUUUGCAUUGAGUUGAGGGAUGAAUACUCGGGGGAUGUGACAAACUGCAUUACACACAUUUCAGACGCGGGUCUUCUGAAAUAUUUGACAGGGUAUAUUGAGUAUUGGCGCUGGAACAGCAGACUCUCUAUGAGAAUACGGAACAUCAAUGCUCUGCUAUAUAAGGCAUUGGUCCUACAGUUUGGCGACAAUAGGCGAUGCAAGGAAGUCAAGCGAAAACUGUACAAAUAUCACGGAAUAUCGCAUUCAGAUGAUAAAUCUAAUCGUUUGACCUUGUCCCCAUUACAGUUUGAAGCAUUCAGUGAAGACAUAACUUCAAGAUUUCCAGCCUAUGAUAUGCCUGCUACACCUUUAGCCGAGCAUAUUGACAAUUCAAACUCUUUGUCACAAUUCCUGGAAAUUCCAAGAUCCAAGUCGAGAAACUCGAUAAAUGCGUCAUUAUCUGUGCCACAGCAGCAUUUGGCAACACCGGCACCUUCACCUCCUUCUUCUCCAGCGAAAAUGCAGUUUAGUGAAGGGCUGAGACCAAGAAAAUCGUUUCAAACCAACAUGUCCUACCCGUUCCUGUAUCCGUUUGAUGAUGACAGCACAGAUGCGACAUUUAGAGAAAAAUCACUUGCGGAAAGCCAAGAUAAUAGUAAUAAUAAUACUGCUGUACCGUAUUCCAUUGAGGAGGCGUCCAAAAUAUUGGCAGAUAACUUACAGAUAACACUGGACUGUAAACAAUUAUGGUACGAGAGGGAUCUUUUCAUGGCGACAGAACGCGGCUGGAGGGAUGAAGAUGACGAUAAACUAGCCAGUAACCCAUAUGACUAUUCUGGGAUGGAAAAUCCACAAAAGUUGGAAGAGAUUGAAGUUAUGAAGAGGGUAAGUCAAUACUAUUCAGACUGCUUAGCCGGCUUAGGGUCUUUAGUGUUUGUUAUGUUACAAGUCAUUGAAUCGAACUUGUCAAACAUUAAUUAUAGACCAGAAGAUUUCCCAAACCAAGCAAGUAUUGAUGCAGUUCAGCCUCACUUGGAGAUCAUAAGAACCAAAGAGCUUUCGCUAAGAGUGGCUGUAGGAGUGUUGAACGUUCUAUUAAAGUGGUUUAAAGUCAAUCAUGUUUUGAAAUUCGAGCAUUUAUCCUUGUUAAUCUACGACGCAAAGUAUAUUAAUAUCUGCUCAUCGUUACUAGGGAAGUACUCGGAAAAUUAUGCAGACAAAGCUUUGAGGAAGAUGCUCAACUCCAAUUACUCCUUCUGGGGUGUCUGUUCUCAGGAAUACAAAACACGGCCCGUUGCUGCUCUUGACGACGGACGGUUCGACACUAAUAUUCUGUCGUCCUUCGCGUACAUGCUGAGAAUACUGCGGAAAGUCACAGGAAGUAAGACACACCGGUUGAAAUGCUUACCGCUAUCCAUUGGUUUGAUUUUCAAGAGGUACUACCGUCUGUUCAACCUGAGCAUCUACCACCCAAUCCUAAAGAUCAUCAAGGAGCUAACCCCCUUCAAAAACAAGCGUUGGAAAUCCGAGCAUAUGGACCUGAUAUCUGGCGUGUACCUCUACGAACGGCUCGAACUUGUAGACAACUGGGUCACGGGCAAGGACAUUGCAGGCGAACUGAACGAUGCGUGCGGGCAGGAGAUUGCUCUCCGGGCACUGCUCCAAUUCUACAAUUUUACGCACUACGAAACGGCAAUGCACGACCUGGGCUACUGCAAAAAAUCCAGUUCCAGUCUGAACAUGUUCACGAAGGACUCCGAACGCCUCAACAGCCUCGUCUAA